AUGGCGACCAACGACCUAAGACAGAGAUACCCCGCCGCUUCCGUGACGCCCAAGGCAGAGAACGGCGCCGCAACGAACGGCACCGCAGAGAAGAUCAAGAGUGGCGAGCUGCACCCUGGAGGAGCCAUCAAACAUGGCACAUAUAAACAGGCGCUACGUAUGGCGUUGUUUGCAGCGUACUUCAACGGAUGCUGCGUCUGCAUUCUUGUCUCUCAGCUCCUUGGAGCUCCCCUUUAUUUCUACGAUAGAGAUCUAUACUACGCCUGGAUGGCCAUGACCAAGCAGCACUUUGGCCUGGUCAUCACCACCAUGACCCAGUGGUGGAGUCCUACGACUGUGCGAAUAAGCGGAGACAAAAGCGUGCGAGGACAGCUGCGCCAGACCGCGGAUGGCCGGAUAGAGUGUGACUUCCCAGAGCGCAUAGUCCUCAUCGCAAACCACCAGAUAUAUACUGACUGGCUAUACUUGUGGUGGAUAGCCUACACCGCUAAAAUGCACGGACACAUCUACAUUAUUCUUAAAGAGUCCAUCAAGUGGAUCCCCGUGAUUGGGCAGGGCAUGAUGUUCUACGGAUUCAUAUUUCUGACGCGGAAAUGGUCAACAGAUAAGCCACGGUUCAAGCACCGCUUGCAGAAGCUCAAUAGCAAGCACGGUGGCAUGCUCUCCGGGAGCCAGGAGCUCGAUCCCAUGUGGCUGCUCAUCUUUCCUGAGGGCACUAAUCUGUCAAACAACGGUAGAAACUCGAGCGCUAAAUGGGCAGAAAAGAAUGGAAUCCCUGACCUACAACAUGCCCUAUUACCCCGCAGUACGGGGCUACUGUUUUGUCUCCGAGAGAUGAGGAACACGGUAGACUGGGUGUAUGACUGUACGGUGACAUACGAGGGCGUUCCUCGCGGUCAAUUCGGACAAGAUAUUUUUACCCUCCGCUCAACGUACUUCCAAGGUCGGCCUCCAAAGUCGGUUAAUAUGCAUUGGCGACGGUUCGCCACAUCCUCGAUCCCCAUGGAUGACACUAAAGAAUUCGAGAAGUGGGUCCUGCAGCGUUGGAUUGAAAAGGAUCAGCUCUUGGAACACUUCGUCCAGACCGGCCGCUUCCCCGCCGACGACGAAGCUGGGCCAUCCCCGGAUGGUACCAAGGAAGUCAAGGGUGCCGGACAUAUCGAGACAGAGGUCCGAACAGCAAAUCCCUUGGAAUUUCUACAGAUAUUCCUUCCUGGUGCGGCUCUACUCUUGGUAAUAAACGUGCUUGGAAAGAUAUGGCGAAUGUUCGUUCGCGGAAUCUUCGGGAGCUAG